CCGCGGGAGGACAUCGGAGUACGCGAGACGCGAGUGCCGGCUGCGGCGAGUCAGAGGCGACGAGCUCGACGAGGCGGCAAGCGACGCCUGGCGCCGGCCCGCCGCCAUGGAGUAGCAGUCCGCCGCGGUCCCGACAGUCCAACGCCGGGGCUCCUGCACAUCCCCAUUGAAAACCAACAUAAUUAUAGAAUCACCACUUGUAAAUAUAACAAGUAACAGCAGAUAGUUCAGAAGAAGAGAAGUGUAAAAACUAAAAUAACCGAGAUGACGGUGGUGAACGAAUGGAUGUCGGGCACCAGCUUUGGUGGCUGGGUGCAGAGAUGCCGGGAGUCGCGCCGCCUCGUUCUGGUCAUCGUCGCCAUCGCUCUUUUGUUAGAUAACAUGCUUCUCACCACUGUUGUUCCGAUUAUUCCGGAAUUUUUGUACGACAUCAAUCAUCCUGAUGCACCAUUAGAUGGACGCGUGAGGAUCACCACCACCACAAUGGCUCCGGUCACGGUGAACCCCUGCGACAAGAGCAUUGACAUCAUGGAUAAUUACACCACUGCUGCAACAUCUCUUGAUUACAGUAACUUAACAACAUUAGAUCCGGAGAUUGCGAAGAAGGAGGCAAAACAUAAGGAUUUAGUUCAGGAAACGGUCGAAGUGGGUAUAAUGUUUGCCUCGAAGGCAUUUGUGCAGUUAUUGGCAAACCCAUUUGUAGGACCUCUAACGCACAAAAUAGGCUACAGUGUUCCCAUGUUCGCCGGAUUCCUCAUCAUGUUCCUUUCAACAAUCAUAUUUGCAUUCGGUCGAAGCUACAGUGUUUUGUUCCUGGCGAGAGCGUUGCAGGGCAUCGGGUCCUCAUGCUCCAGCGUAUCCGGAAUGGGCAUGCUGGCUGAACGGUAUCCGGACGACAAAGAACGAGGAAACGCCAUGGGCAUUGCCCUUGGAGGUCUGGCCCUCGGCGUUCUAAUAGGGCCGCCCUUCGGUGGCGUCAUGUAUGAAUUUGUUGGCAAGUCGGCGCCCUUCCUCAUCUUAUCGGCUUUGGCACUUGGAGACGGAUUGCUCCAACUCCUCAUGUUGCAACCGUCAGUUAUAAUACAAGACACCGAACCACCAUCUUUAAAAGCCCUCGUGUCAGAUCCUUACAUCAUUAUUGCUGCAGGUGCCAUAACUUUCGCAAAUAUGGGCAUAGCAAUGUUGGAGCCAUCGUUGCCCAUCUGGAUGAUGGAUACGAUGGAUGCGGACCGCUGGAAGCAAGGAGUCACGUUCUUGCCCGCCAGCAUAUCGUAUUUGAUCGGAACGAAUCUUUUCGGUCCCCUUGGACAUAAGAUGGGACGGUGGCUCGCAGCCCUUCUCGGACUUGUCAUCAUCGGUAUUUGUUUGAUGUGUAUUCCGCUAGCGACAAACAUAAACCAUCUGAUAGUGCCGAACGCAGGACUGGGAUUCGCCAUUGGCAUGGUCGACAGUUCAAUGAUGCCGGAACUGGGCUAUCUGGUGGACAUCAGACAUUCGGCAGUCUACGGCAGCGUCUAUGCCAUCGGAGACGUCGCCUUUUGUCUAGGCUUUGCUAUAGGUCCAGCCAUGAGUGGAACACUGGUUAAAACCAUCGGCUUUGAGUGGAUGCUGUUCGGAAUAGCUAUUUUGAAUUUCUUGUACGCCCCGCUGUUGUAUUGCUUGAAGAGUCCACCAACUAAAGAAGAGAAAAAGUCCCUGAUAACCGGUGAUAAAUCAUCAGUACGAUAUGUGACAUAUCAAAACGAAGAGGAGGACGAAUAAAUCAAAAGUCGACAAUAGUGAUACGGCGUACUGCAAAAUAACAAAAAAAAUAUAUAUAAAGAAAAAAAAUGUGUUUAUAAGUGUACAUUAAAUUUAGGGGACACGGAAAUUGUACAGUGACUCGCCCCAGGAGCGUACAUGGAAUGGACACGGUAUACAUACACGUAUAUUGUUAAGUGCAUUCGACGAAAGGUUUAAUUAAAAAAUAAAUCUCGGAAUUGACAAACAAUCAGAUAGGAACGCGUGAAUAGUAAGUAAACGAUCAAAAUUGAAAAUCCGGAGAGUCCUUGUCGCGGAUUACUGUGAAUGGCUGCACUUAAUCCCUUCCAUCCUUUUCACGGAUGGAGACGAGGCAAUAAGACACUCUCCCCCAUUCGGCUCUAUUGUGUUUCUAAAGUAUAUUUUUGUAUGAAUGAUGUGCGUUCCUAUCGCCCAAGCCCGGUUAUAAUGAUUGCCAUGCAAAAUAAAAAGUAUAUCAGCAUAUUUAAUCUACAUUAAUGUCUGUACUCAUAUUUACUAGUUUUGUGUAAGAUGUAGCAAAUAAUCCGCGAUCUAUUAAACAAUCAUAAAAGAAGAAUUGCUGAGCCAAUCAAAACACAUCAUUUGGGCAAGCCUGGUGUGCUAGAAUGCAGUAAGGGGACCUUAAUGUUGAUGCUUAUUUAUUGUUACCUGUAUUCUUAUCCAUAUAUUGUGUGCGCUAAGUCGUUAUGUUCAUAUAUGACGGUUUAUGUCGUCUCCGCAAGUAUUUUACCUUCUGGAGAAGCAGUCUCCAUUGAAGAUUAUUGUGAAGAGACAAUAAUCAUCAUUUUGUAAUCAGUCCCAACCUGACCAACAAAGUAUUUUGUUUAAAAGCUGGUAAGGGUCCGAACAACAAAAGAGCAACAAUGCAACAUAAGCAUUUUGCCAUUCAGUAUUAUAUUAAACAAAAGGGCCAACACAUGGUACCUGGUUUACAUUAGUUUUAAUUGCAUGUUAGUAUUUAAACAAAAUAUAUAUUGUAUACAUAUAGAGAUCUAUAUAACACUUAUAUGUAUAGUACGCUAUAAGUGGUAUUUCAAUGUUUGAUGUUUACUUAUGUCGAAAUUUGUGGUGCAAUAAAGGAUAUUAAAAACAUUAAACUAAA